CGAUCAGGCGCUGAUGUAUCAGCAAAUAGGCCACUUGCAAAUAACAAAUGAACCUAUUUAGUUCACAAAUUUUGAAUUUAGAACGUAAAGUUGUAGUUUUUUUAAUUGUAUCAAUUAAGAUAGGUAUCUGGAAUAGAAAUCGCUAAGACAGUACCUAUACUAAAAUGUAAAAAAGAAAUAAAUGGCUUUUGUGGAAACAACGCCAGCGAAAGCUACUUCAAAAAUAUCUAGACACCCUAACAAUCCUUACCACAUAAAGCGACCAAUGAACGCCUUUAUGGUAUGGUCGAGGCUUCAGAGGAAGAAAAUAUCGAUGAUGAACCCAAAGCUGCACAAUUCGGAGAUCUCAAAACGACUAGGUCUGGAGUGGAAGAGUUUGGACGAGACGGAGAAGAGGCCAUUUAUUGACGAAGCAAAGAGGCUGAGGCUGAAGCAUAUGCAAGAUUAUCCUGAUUACAAAUAUCGUCCGCGAAGAAAGAAUAGACUCGAUCCUACUUUCAUGAACCCUGCAAUUUAUACGACCAGAGAAACUUUUGUAGAAGUAGAACCUCGAGCAGACGCCAGUUAUCAGAUUCCUAUAACAUAUUCAGAGCAGUUUAUGUAUAACAAUAUGAUAAGUUACAACGUACCCACGAUGCCUCAAGCUACGUUUGUUUCUGCACCGAUAAGGCCUAAGGAAGAGGCAGUUCCUAGUCUAGAUCUGAGACCUUUACCGUCUAUAGAGAGCAUUUCACCGCGGCCAUUUGCUGUCGUCAAUCAACAGAUGAUGGUGAAGGCUUACCAGGACCUACAUUACGUGCCCAAUGACGUGACAAGAAUAUCUUACCAUUACCCUUUUGGUGUUCAACAAAUUUAAUAAAGUUUUGGUUAAUUCAUUGUAUUUGUGAGGUGAUAUGCGGAAUAUAAUAGUGGGAGUCUUGAAUGAUGGUUUUAUUCCAGAAAAAGUGAGAAUAAUAGUUAUUAGGUACAUUAAAAUGAGGAAUGGCGGAAAAGCUUUAUUAAACAGUAUUUAAAAUAAUAACUAUAAUAGACCGUUUAUACAUUUACAUAUUUAUAUAGAAAAUCAGUAUUAUUAUUAUGUAGC